AUGGCUACCCCUAGUGUCCUGGCUUUUGACGCUGAGGGUCGCGCCAUUGACUUUGAGGUCUGGGUAGACGACCUGCAGUUGUUUUUACAGUGCGAUAGGGCAGACGGCCUCUCUCUCUUUGACCUUACCUCUGGCGCCUCUCCUGCUCCUGCUGCUGAUGCUGAUCCCACUGUGCGCUCUCAGUGGGCCACCCGCGAUGCUGCUGCACGUCUUGCUGUGCGUCGCCACCUCCCUACCUCUGAGCGCGCGCACUUUAGUCAGUACAAGAGUGCUCAGACCUUGUACGACGCUGUAGUUGCGCGCUACUCCUCCCCUUCCACUGCUGCACUGAGCCGUCUCAUGCUUCCCUACCUCUUUCCUGACCUCUCUGCCUUUCCCACUGUCGCUGACCUCAUUACGCACCUCCGCACUAGUGACACUCGCUACCGCGCCGCCCUUCCUGCUGAGGACCACUUUCUCGCAGUCUCUCCCACCACCCUCACCGUCGACGUCCUCGAGAAGGCCCUCCUCGCAGCGGAGAAGAGCAUAGUCGCUGUAGGAGCUUCUCGUGGAGACCCUCGCACCCCCAUCUUUGAGGGGUGCUCUCCUUCCCCCUUGCUGCCCUCUGUUGCCUCUGCUGCUGCUGCCGACCUGCUUGGUCUUGAGUCGGUCGGCGCGGCGUCUGCCCCUAGUGGGAGACGUCGCUCUGGCAAGGGCAAGGGGGGCAAGGGCGCGGGUGGAGCUGGAGGGGGCGGUGGCGGUGGCGGCGGAGGCGGCGGAGGGAGUGGGGGUGGCGGCGGGAGUAGUGGCGGGGGUGGUGGUGGCGGUGGCAGCAGCGGCGGAGGCGGCGGUGGUGGUGGCAGCGGUGUUGGUGGUGGCAGCGGCGGAGGUGGAGGCGGCGGAGGAGGCAGCAGAGGAGGCGGUGGUGGUGGAGGAGGUGGAGCUGGUCGGGGUGGUACCCAGCAGCGGAGCGGCGGUGGUGGUGGCCAGCGCUCGCAGCACCAGCAGCAGCAACAGCGUUCGCGGGACAUCCCUCCGCCUCAGCAGCUUCGUGAGUGGUACACUCAGCGUCAGAGGGGUGGGGGUACUGGUCCUUGCACCUACGUCCUUCGUUCCGGCGACCGCGCGGCGAUCUUUGAUCUUGAUUUUGAUGCUAUCCUUGCUGCUAUGUAUGCUGUGACUAUUAGUGAGGAGACUGAGGGUUACCGGUGUUUCCAGCCCGACCCGGGCAUUGGUACUGCUGCGCUAGGUGCUUGUGAGGCUGCUGCUCUAGGUGCCAGUGCGUCUGCGCUCUCAGGUACUGGUGAGACUGCGCCCUCAGGUACUGCGUCGCCCUCGUCCUCCCUCACUUUCACACUUGACUCUGGGGCUUCUCGCUCCUUCUUUCGAGACCGCACCACCCUUACGCCGCUUGGCCGGCCGGUUGCCGUCUCCCUGGCUGACCCCUCUGGGGGUCCUGUCCUCUCUCACUUCUCCACUGUCCUCCCGUGUCCGGCUGCCCCUUCGGGCACCCUGUCUGGUCUGUACCUUCCCUCGUUCUCUACGAACUUGGUGAGUGGCGCGGACCUGCAGGAUGUGGGGGUUCACCAGUUCACUCCUGCGAGUCAGCGGGUGACCCACUGCACGGAGGCACGCACAGGCCGACACCUGGCCACGUUCUCGCGUCGGCCGGGGUCGAGUCUCUACACCCUGACCGUUGAGUCUCCUCCUGUCCCUGCGUCUGGUCAGGUGGCUGCGUCAGGUCAGGUGCUUGCUGCUGCGUCCCGGUCAGGUCCUGAGUCUGCCCCCUGUUCUUGUCGCCUCCUGUCUCACGAGACUCUCCUGUGGCACCACCGUCUUUGCCACCCCUCCUUGCCCCGUCUUCGGAGCAUGGCUUCCCGUGUCCUUGUCUCUGGUCUUCCCCAGUCUCUCCCUCCCCUUCCCUCCGGGCCAGGACCUUCCUGUGUCCCCUGUGUCGAGGGUCGCCUCCGGGCUGCUCCUCACUCCUCCCAGUUCCCCCCGACCGAGGCUCCUCUGCAGACGCUUCACAUGGACGUGUGGGGCCCAGCCCCCGUCCGUGGGCAGGGUCACGAGCGCUACUUUCUGUUGGUGGUUGACGACUACUCGCGUUACACCACAGUCCUCCCCUUGCGCAGCAAGGGUGCUGUCACUGAGGUGCUGAUCGACUGGAUCCGCGAGGCUCGUCUCCAGCUCAGGAAGAGCUUCAGCUCGGACUUUCUUGUUCUGCGUCUGCACUCGGACAGAGGCGGAGAGUUCUCCUCGCGCCUUCUGCGAGACUACUGUCGUGCACGGGGGAUCCGCCAGACCUUUACGCUUCCGGACUCUCCACAGCAAAAUGGGAUUGCUGAGCGCCGCAUUGGCAUGGUCAUGGAUGUCGCUCGUACGUCCAUGAUGCAUGCGGCUGCCCCCCAUUUUCUGUGGCCGUUUGCGGUGAGGUACGCGGCGCAUCAGCUCAACCUUCACUCCAGGGUCUCUCGGCCCGCGAUGUCCCCAGUCUUGCUGUGGACGGGGAAGGUUGGCGAUGCGUCGACGUUCCGUGUCUGGGGAUCUCGGGCGUUUGUCCGCGACUUGUCUGCGGACAAGCUGUCCCCUCGUGCUGCUCCCUGUGUCUUCCUUGGCUUCCCCACUGACGCUCCAGGGUGGCAGUUUUACCACCCCUCCUCUCGUCGUGUUCUGUCCUCCCAGGACGUCACGUUCGACGAGUCAGUCCCCUUCUACCGCCUCUUCCCCUACCGCACUCCUUCCUUUCCCCCUCCGCCGGACAUCCUUGUGCCGGUUCCCCCCCCGGUAGACCCACUCCCCCCUCAGGUUCCUGCCCCCUCAGGUGUGUCCCAGGUAGACGCAGUUGACCCGGUCGAGGUUACUGGUGACUCUGGUGCUGCUGCGGGUGCUGAGCCUGUGGGUGCUGACUCUGGGGGUGCUGUGCGCGGGGGUGCCGGGCCUGGAGGUGCUGCUACUGGGGGUGCUGAGCCUGGGGGUGCUGGGCCUGGGGAUACUACUGCGGAGGGUGCUGCGUCGGGGGGUGCUGUGCCUGGAGCUGCUGAGCCUAGGGGUGCUGAGUCUGGAGCUGCUGAGCCUGGGGGUGCUGAGCCUGGGGUUUCUCCUGCUGCUGCGUCUCGACGGGAGCCCCUCUCUCCCCAGGAGCUGCGCGAGUGGUUUGCUCGCCGCUGGAGGCGUGCUGCUGGAGCUGGAGCUUCUUCGACCGUCGAGGGUGCUGGUGCUGCCGGUCCCGGAGCUGCUGGGCCUGCGGGUCCUCCUGGAGCUGGAGCUGCUGAGGGUGGUGGUGCAGAGACCACUGCUGUCUGUCCUCUCGGUGGUUCUGCUGCUGGUACUGCUGGAGGUCCUGCCGCUGGAGGUGUUGGUGGCGCUGGUACUGUCGCUGAGGGUGCUGGUGCUGUCCCUGCUGAGUCUGGAGCUGCCGCGCGGCCUCGGCCGUACUUCUCACAGUCACUCUUGGAGCCUUCCUCUCCUCUGCCUGCUCCCUCUCCUUACACUGGUCCUACUGGAGGUCUUACUGAGCGUCGUGAGCCUGCGUCUCGUCCCGCGUCGCCUGUUCGUGCUGCUCGCGCUAGUGGUCGCGGUUCGCGUCAGCGUCCUCCUCCUGUCCCUGGCACGCACCGGAUGUCUCUGCGUCCGUCCACUGCUCCUCUACGUGCCCCUUUGCCUUCUCCGCCUGAGUCCUCUCUUCCUGCGCUUGCCGACCCUGAGUCGGACUCUCUUCGUGCUGCCAGUCCUACUGUCCCGCGUCUGCUUGCUACUGUCGUCACUGACCCCUCGUUUGAGUCCACUGCUGCGUCUGCUCUUGUCGCUGAGCUCGUCGACUUUGCUGCUCGCUGUCGUCUAGACUGCGCUGCUAGUCUUGUUGCUGAGUCUGCGUCUGUCUGUCCUCCGUCCGUCGGGGGUGAGUGUGCUCUUGGCACGGACGUUCUAGAGGACAGGCAGGAGGAGUUACAGUGUCUGGCUGCUGCUUCACCUCAUCUCGCGUCUGUACUGCUUGCUCCUGAGGGAGACCCGGAUGCACUAGACAUCCCGACUCCGCGCUCUUACGCGGAGGCCGUAGAGGGUCCCUACUCCUCUCAGUGGCAGGCAGCUAUGGAUGCAGAGAUGGCUUCCUGGAAGUCCACAAGCACCUACGUUGACGCAGUUCCCCCUCCUGGGGCGAACAUCGUCAGUGGCAUGUGGAUCUUCCGGGUGAAGCGGCCGCCGGGCUCUCCACCUGUCUUCAAGGUGCGGUACGUUGCUCGUGGCUUCAGCCAGCGGCAAGGAGUUGACUACUUUCAGACCUUCUCUCCCACCCCGAAGAUGACCACUCUUCGGGUGCUGCUGCACAUAGCCGCUCAGCGCGACUACGAGCUUCACUCUCUCGACUUCAGCACUGCGUUCCUGCAGGGUAGCCUGCACGAGGAGAUCUGGCUGCGCCGUCCACCUGGCUUCACUGGGACUUUCCCUCCUGGCACCCAGUGGAGCCUCCGACGGCCAGUCUACGGUCUCCGCCAGGCACCGCGUGAGUGGCACGACACACUGAGGACUACGCUUGCGGCUCUUGGGUUUGCUCCUUCUACUGCUGACCCGUCGCUGUUUCUGCGCACCGACACUUCUCUGCCGCCGUUCUACAUCCUCGUGUACGUCGACGACUUGGUCUUUGCCACAGCGGACACCGCUAGACUCACCUACGUGAAGUCCGAGCUGCUGAAGAGACACACGUGCACAGACCUGGGUGAACUGCGCAGCUACCUUGGCUUGCAGAUCACUCGGAACAGAGCAUGCCGCACCAUUACCUUGACUCAGUCACACAUGGUGCAGCAGGUCCUUCAGCGCUUCGGCUUCACGUACUCCUCGCCUCAGGCCACUCCUCUGUCUACUCGUCACUCGCUCUCAGCUCUGCCUUCGGAUGAGUCCGUGGAGUCGAGUGGCCCGUACCCAGAGCUUGUUGGCUGCCUCAUGUACCUGAUGACCUGCACACGACCUGACCUUGCAUACCCUCUGAGCAUUCUUGCACGCUAUGUUGCUCCUGGGAGAAACCGACCAGAGCACAUGGCUGCAGCGAAGAGGGUGUUGCGCUACCUGUGCAGUACGUCGGGCAUGGGGCUAGUGCUUGGAGGGCUGAGUCCAGUGGUCCUUACAGGGCACGCGGACGCUUCUUGGGCUGACGACCAGGCUACGCAGCGGUCGUCACAGGGUUACACCUUCAGUCUUGGUUCCGGCUCUGUCUCGUGGCGGUCUACUCGCUCGUCUUCGGUUCUCAGCUCCAGUUGUGAGGCUGAGAUCUACGCUCGGGCCAUGGCUGCACAGGAGCUUCGCUGGCUCACCUACCUGCUGACUGACCUUGGAGAGCCGCCUCGUUCUCCUCCAGUGCUGUACGUAGACAACAAGGCCAUGCUGGCCUUAUGUCGAGAGCAGCGCUUGGAGCACAGAACGAAGCACAUUGCUCUCCGCUACUUCCUUGCUUGUGAGCUGCAGCAGCGUGGUCAGUUGCGACUUGCGUACGUGGCCUCUGAGGCCAACACUGCUGAUGUGUUCACCAAGGCACUCGCGCCUUGUGACCAUCAGCGCUUCUGCAACCAGCUCGGUCUUGUGCCUGUCUUGCCUCACUUGCUCUCUUCUUGA